AAUAUUUGUUGUUACGCCACUGCAGCUGUCAUAAAAUCCGUAACUUUGUAAAUUAGCGCCAAAUUUAAAAUCAAAAUAAAUACAAAAUUGAAAAAUUUAACUAUCUUCAUUCAAAGAAUAAUGUAUUCCAAAAUAAAGUCUAAUAGAAUUCCCGUAGAACUACAACAAAUUGAAAAGACCCAAGAUGCCCACGGUAUAACUUGUAUUCCCAAAGAUGAUUCAAACUUUACAGACCUGAUUGCCACAAUUCCAGGGCCUGUAGGCUCCCCUUAUGCCACUGGCAAGUUCGAAUUAAACAUCACAGUUGGUGAACAAUAUCCAUUCCGCCCGCCGACCUUUAAGUUUAAUACACCAGUUUUUCAUCCCAAUAUCGAUAGCAGUGGUCAAAUAUGUCUUGACCUAUUAAAAAUGCCUCCAAGUGGUACGUAUAACCCAGCAAUCCGAUUGGAAUCUAUAUUACUAUCCAUUCAGCUUUUGCUGGCCAACCCAAAUCCAGAUGAUCCUCUCCAAGGUGAUGCUGCUGAUAUGUAUAAAAACAAUAUUGAAAUGUUUAACCAAAAGGCACGCGAACAUACGCUAAGGUAUGCAACUGCUCAAGGCUGCACGAAAGAUGAAACUGACACCGAAAGUGUCCCAACAAAGAAACAAAAAGUUGGAUGAGUAAAUAUACAUUCCUAAGAGCCUUAUUCCAUUACUUAAAAGUCGUCGAUUUUCUUAACUUUCUUGCGGUAAUAAAAAUCAUUGAUUCAUCUAUCAGAUUUAUUGCGAUGGGAAUGGCACGAAUUUAUUAACUAACAUAAACUAACAAGAA